AUGACACCAUCAAAAGGAGCGAAUUUUCUGGAGAAAAAGAACAAGUUGGAGUCGUUGGUUUCGCGUUUUCCACAGAAACGGAAUAGUGUCAUUCCCGGUGCUGAGGAGGAAGAUCCUCCGCCAAAAAAGGAAUUUGAAGUGAAAAUAGAGCCAGAAGAUGUUCCCCCUCGACCAAAAGAACCAAAAAUCGAGAUUGAUGAAUUCGCCGUCACGACCACUCUGAUUGAACCAAAAGAGGAGCCAUUUGAUGACUAUGGCGAGCAAUUUGCUACCGAUGACUUGGCAUUUCGAUAUUUAAAUUAUGACUCGUUUUUACCUGAAAAUCCGCCGAAAAUUGAGAUAGAGCCACCAGAUGACGUCGAUUUUAAGACGGAUAUACUAGAAUAUGGCGACUACCAAAUCGAAGAAAUCCCAACCAAAAAUCAAGAAGAAGACUAUUGGAAGAAUCCAAGGAAUAAGCACACUUAUAGCCUCCGAGAACAUCCAAAAGUCAAGAAUUACCCAGAAUAUUUAUCAGGAGAAAACAUGGAAACUAUCGAUAACAGUAGUCAGCCAUCGACGUCAUCAGAAGCGUAUAGAACUGAAUAUAUUGUUGAAUCCGAAGAGAUUUUGGUUCCGCCUACCACAGGAGGCAGACGAUGCACUCUAUGUUUCAACGUGCAACAUCUCGGGAACACGAGAACAGUUUCAGUUAAAAACGAUACGAUGGUCCUGUUGGUUCCACGAGUGCUCCAAGGUCAUAUUAGUAUAGAUCAAGCGAAACAUAUGCUGAAAAAAAGAACGCAUGUUGUAUGUCGAAACCAUUUCAAAGACACCGUCGACACACUUUGCACGUAUCUGAGUAUCGAAUCGUCGGAUCAAUUUUCCAGUGCACCGCCCGAGUUAUUAGUGAAUAUUGUGAACGAACUUUGUCCGGAUGUUGGAUAUGAAGGAUUCCAGAAUUUGAUCCAUAAAUUUGAUGUGAAGAACAGAAAAGUCAAAGAAGUGGUUCGUAUUGAAAAUAUUCCGAAAGUGAAAAGUAAUCGUGGCAGAAAACCGAAAGAGAAAACCGAAAAACCGCCAAAAAUGGAUCACUAUUGCUCACUAUGCUCAAAGGGUCAAGAACUACCAGCGAUGCAAGAAGUGCCGAAUGCAAAUCACGUAUUGGUUAUAAUAGUCGGAUGUAUCAUCCGCCAAAAGUACACCAUUGCUCAGGCUCAAAUUUUCUUGCAACUCGUCGAAAAGUGCUAUAUCUGUCAUGUGCACUUCGCAGAGGCUUCCAAAGAGAUUUGCAAAUAUUUCGAAAUUGGCGGAUUAAUGGAUAUUAAUUCGUGUAAGCUGGAACUGCUGACCGAGUUGAUGCCUAUUGUGAAAAGCUUAUUCCCGGCGUAUACAUCGGCUAAAUUUCAAUUAACUGUCGGCAGCUUCUAUGAGCAGUACAAGGGGAUUAUUGAAGGGUUCAUCACUGAAAACGUAAAAGUCGAGCCACCAGAAGAAUCAGAGAAACCAGAUACCACCGCUUACAAAACAGGAAUAUCUGAAGUUCUCGAACUGCAGAAAAAAGGAUUCUGCACUCUAACGAAUCCGAAUGACGCGUAUUUGAUGACCGUUCAAAAAUACAAACACGGGAUAUAUAUCGAUUUCACUCAAUGCACACUAUGCUUAAAACUGAAAAGUCGUACGGAGCUGAGAAAAGUGUGCAAUGGAGAUCGUCUGGUGAUAAGUGUUGGAUACGUGCUGCUCGAAAAGUUCACCGUGACUCAAAUUCAAACACGGAUGCACAAAAAAGAGAACAUUGUGUGUCAUUCUCACUUUGCGGAUGCAUUUCAAGCGAUUUUGAAUAAUUUGAAUGUUGAUAGUAUUGUUGAUGUUCCAAAAAGUCCCAUAGAUCGUAAAGAACAUGUGAUGACAACUGUCAGUGCGUUGAGUUCUUCAUCUCAGAACUCUCAUAACGCAUUUUUUAGUAUUUUGGAUAAGUUCUACGCUCAAAAUGCUGAUAUCGUCAGUAUUGAAUAG